UGGAUGUGCGCCUGCGCAGUGCGCCCCAAACCGAGAGACGGAGAGACGGGGCUCGAGUCUCCGCAGCUCGAACCGAGAACCUAACUGGAGGAAAACACGGAGCACCAGGCCGAUUCGGCCGCCGAGCACACACCGCAGUCUCCCGGACACCCGACGGAUCAGCGUCGGCCGAAGCGUCGGGGUGGGAGCACCGGGAGCCCGACUGUCUGUCUGCCUCCAGACGGUGAAACCCAGCGGGACGAAGCGGCCACAGCGCUGCUCCUCACGGCGGGGAAACACUGAGUCACUGCUGCAUUCAUCGCCGCGCCUUAAAUCCUGCUUUUUCUCUACGGAAUUUUGAAUGGAAGGUGAGUUCAACCAGCCGAGGCAGCGGGCCUGCACAGGACGAUCGGUGUCCUCACCGCCUGCCUUCAUGCCUGUCCUCCUGUCAGUCCUCACUGUCUGCCCUCAUCAUGUCCGCCUCUCUGCCCCACUGUUUGUCCUCCUGUCCUCAUGCUGUCUGUCCUCCACCUGACAGACUGAACCCAGGCACAGCAGCACGAAAGACAAGACACAUUGUGUGGACAUAAACAGGGUUUCCUAUACAUCCUCUGCACGAGGUACAAAGACAAAAGCAUUUGGAGGACAUAUAAGAGGACAUAAAGCAUCUGGAGGACUACUGGAACAAAACAUCUGGAGGAUGUACAGAGACGAAUAAAACAUCUGGAGGACUACGGAGACAAAUAAACCAUCUGAACGAUGUACAGAAGCAAAUAAUAUAUCUGGAGGAGUACAGAGACAAAACAUCUGGAGCACAUACAGAGAAAAAAAAACAUCUGGAGGAGUACAGAGACAAAUAAAACAUCUGGAGGACAUACAGAAACAAAACAUUUGGAACAUAUACAGAAACAAAUGAAACAUCUGAAGGACAUACAGAGACAAAUAAAACAUCAGGAGGACAUAAAUCACCUGGAGGACAUACAGAAGACACUGAGGGACAAAGCUGGACAUUUUGAGAUUGGAUGUGACGAGGACUGAGACAACAACAUGAUGUCCCCGAAGUGGACCCGGCUCCCCAUCCUGUCGGUCCUGGUGCUGGUCCUGAUUCCAGCCUGCCCUGUGUCAGCAGCCCGCUCUGACAGGACCAUGGUAUCAGAGGAGUAUGUGGGCGCCACAGUGAACGCCACGGUGUUGGACGGACGAGGAAACACCGUCCACAUGAUGAGCAGCGAUGAGGGGACGUAUGGACAGAACUCCCCAAAGGUGGACACCAGGGGCGUCGUCAUCGCACCUGCACCACAUCAUGGAGUGGUGGACCGACAGGGCUGCGACCCCAGCACCCGUUUCCUGGUUCCUCCCCGGAACGUCCACUGGGUGGCGCUUCUGCAGAGAGGCAACUGCACCUUUAAAGAGAAGAUCCUGAAGGCGGCCGCCUACAAUGCCACGGCUGUCCUCAUCUACAACAACUCCACCGACAAGACCGUCAAGAUGGGACACGAAGGUACUGGUGACACAGUUGCAGUGAUGAUCACCGAGGCAUACGGUAAGGAGAUCCUGGCUCACCUGGAGCGGAACCUGACGGUCCUGGUCUCUGUGGUAGUGGGUCAACGUGGUCCCACCAAAAACAUCAACCGAGGCUCGCUGGUCUUCGUCUCCAUCUCCUUCAUCGUCCUCAUGAUCAUCUCGUCAGCCUGGCUCAUCUUCUACUUCAUCCAGAAGAUCCGCUAUACCAGCGCCCGCGACCGCAGCCAGCGUCGUCUCGGCGAUGCAGCAAAGAAAGCUAUCGGAAAGUUGACCACAAGGACGGUGAAGAAAGGAGACAAGGAAACUGAUCCAGACUUCAACCACUGUGCGGUGUGUAUCGAAGCGUACCAGCUGAAUGAUGUGGUCCGAAUCUUGCCCUGCAAACACGUCUUCCAUAAAGUGUGUGUGGACCCCUGGCUGAACGAACACUGCACCUGUCCAAUGUGCAAACUGAACAUCCUCAAAGCUCUGGGAAUCAUGACCAGUCUUCCUUGUGUGGACAGCGUGGUAUUGGAUGUGGAGCGUCUGGGUGUCAGUCAGGCAUCUGGCAGCCAGAGGGCACCCCUGGGUGACAGCAGCCAGCCAUCUAUCAGCCUGGAGCCGCUCAGCCCCCCUCACCCUGAGGCCACGCCCAGAACACCUGCAGACAUCACCAUCGCUGUGACCAGUGGCGGUCACUUCUUCAAUAGAAACUCGAUGUCUCCUCGCAGUGUUGUCUGUGAGAUGGAGCUACCGGACAUCCAGGCUUCACUUGACCUCUAUGACGACAAUAAGUCCUGAGGCUUGUCGCCAUGGUUAUGACCCCUUAGUACCAACAGCAGUCCACCUGCUGAUGGACAGAUAACCUUCUGUGGAUGCAGGGACUCUUUGUUGUCUGCUGGGGGGUCUGAUAGGGAUGACCAGGGCAAACAUUUAACCAUCAUUUAUUCCACUAGACUUUCUUCAGACUGAACCGAUCCUGGUCUGGAUCCUGGUUUCAGUUUAGGCCAGUUUUGUCACUCAUAUUUUUAUUUUCCAGUAGACAAAAACUGGAGAAACUGGAGCCGGUAGUUGGGUCAUUCUAAAUGAAUAACCCAGAGAACUGAACUCCAGAACUGAAACCUGAACUCUGAUUUUGUGGUGUAACUGGAAACAAUGUUAUUGUGGAGGUCCAGAGCUUUGAGAAAAGUUGUAAAAUCCUCAAAAGUGCGCUUUUGUUCCUGGUAACAGGUGCCUGGAUUCAUUGAAUAGUUCCUGUUUUCCUGAAAGGGUUCUGUCAAAGGUUCCUGGCCAACUAAAACAAUUGGGGAAAACUUGUUGAAUUUCAUUCAAGAGUCUUAAAAGAGUACUGAGUUUCUUAAAGUUCCUGGGUUCCUAAAAGACUUCCCCCAAAUUUUCUGAACCAUAUAAUAGUUGGUUUAACAGUUCCAGAGAUCCUAAAAGAGUUUCAUGGGUUCCCAUUGCAGUUUGCCAGUCUGUAAGGACAUUUGAAAUUCCGUAAUGGUUUUCUGGAAAAGUUCCCAUGCUGCUAAAAUGGUUACCUCAAGUGUUUUGGUUCCUAAAGGGCUCUUUGGUGGUGAAUUUGCUGUUGGAAAACUUCUUGAGAUCCUGAAAUGAUUCCCAGGAAUAUUUGUGAGUGCCUAAAAAGGUUCCUGUGGUCUGGAAAAAGUAUCUGAGUUCUCAUAGAAAUGUUGCUUGGCCCCUGAAAAUCAUACAGGGUUUGUGGGAAGGGUUUCUUAAAAAGUUCCUGAUUUCCUCAAGAGGUUGUUGAAUAAAAAAAUUAAAAGGUGCCUGGGUUUCUGGAAAAGUUCCUGAGUGGAAAAGGUUCUGGAAAUAUUUUUGAAGUCUUGAAAAAGGUUCUUGAGUUUUAAAGAAAAACUUACAAGUUCCUGAAAAUGUUCUUGGAACACUUUCUGAGUGCCUAGAAAGGUUCCUGGAAAGGUUCUUAAAGUCUUAAAAGAGGUUUUGUGUUCAUGAAAAAUUCUCUAAGCCCAAUUAAAAAGUCCCCUGGGAAGCAUUUCAGACGUCUUCAAAAAGUUUUUGUGUUCUCAAAAUCCUUCAGUUUCCUGCAAAGGGUCUUGAAAUGGUUUCUGGGGUUUUUAAUGAGUUCUUAUAUUCCUGGAUAACAGGCUGAACAAUUUGCGCCCAAGACUGUUGGACUUGAACCGAUACGGUCUUGACAGCAGCUAGACCAGAACCCGAGCAGACCCAGAGAACCUAAACGCUGAAUCUGUGUUUUCUAAUGUUUUGUCUGUCAUAAAUCUGGGCCUCCUGGUGGGCCAGAUGAGGAUUACAUUAUGAACAAGUUUCUGGACUGGAUCAGAACUCCUUGUCUGUAAAUACUCAAUGAGCUGGUUCUUCGUCUUUGUCUUCAGACUGAAACCCAAACCAGAGGAGAUUCUGGACUCGGAUCCUGUGAACUGUAACAGUGUUAUCUCCCUGUAGCAAAAAAUCAAGUUUCUCUGUAGAAGAAGAGACGUUAGAUUCAGAGGAACAGUCCAACAUUUCAGCGAACCUCCUGCUGUCUGUUCUCUGUAUCGUUGGGUUCCUCCGUGAACCCUUCUGCAUUAGUCCUUUUCAAAUCAACCAGAUCUGAAAAAAGUACCCAAGACUUCCUCAAAAUCAGCAGACAUUUUAUCGAUAGUAACUUCCAUAUAUUUAAUUAAGCCAUGCAAAGUUUUGCUUUCAUACUACGGUAUGUGUCUGACGUCUUAUAAUAGCUGGAGUUACAGGCCCUUACAGUCCAUAGAGGUGGGUCCAAAUUUCCCACAAUUUACAUAGUUUUUAGCCCUCAUACCCCAAUAAGUGCAGGAGAUAGACACAGAUAUUUUUUUCAGCUGAGAAACAUGUUUCAGUUCUGUUUAAAACUAAUUGAAUCAAUUUUACAUCCACUUCAAGUGUCACAAUCUAAAAGCAAAAUCUGUGUUUGGUCCAGUUUCUUUGGCUGUAUGUUAUAAUCUUUACACUGCUAUUGAAACUAUGAUACAUCCCAUGAUAUUGAUGGCUGGAUAUAGUGAAAAUUAACAAAAAUCAGGUUUCUUCUUUAAAUUGUGACAUCUGGAGUUGAUGUAAAUGUAAUUAGGAUGCAGGUUUAUUAGAGCUCAAAUGUGUUUUUCAGUCCUGAAAGUUUUAUGCAUCUAACCGCUGUAUUGAUGAAGUUAUGAUGCUCGGGGGAAAAAAAUAAAUUUUGACCUACCUCUAUGUAUUUCAAGGGCCUGUAAUUCCAAAAGAUUACCCAACAUGAAAGUAAUUUGUUGCAUGGCUCCAUUAAAUCUAUGUAAGUUAGAAGAGAUUAAAAAAAACAGGUGAUUUAGAGGUGAGCACUGGUUUAAAUGGAAUGACUGACAUGUUCUCUGCUCCACAGUCAGAUUAAAAUCACAGUGAGUCAGUGAUGUGAUUAGCCUAGCUCAGCACAGUGACUGGGAGCAGAGAGAAACUGUUAGUCCAGCUUAGCACAGCGUCAAAGGGGGUGGACAUCGAAUGUCACUGUCAUGUUUAUAUUUAGGUGAAACUCAGGCAGUGAACAUUUUACACCGACACGUGAUGUCUGUCAGUCACGUUAAUACAAUAAAUCAUGUAAAGUCGGCACACAGCUGCUAACAUGCUAACAGCUGCUAACGUGUUUGUGUAGCAGAGACUCUGAGGAUUUCCUGAAGUGAUGGAUUGCUCCUUUAAAGUGUAUUAAACAGCUUCUGAAUUACUCAGCGUGUAAUAAUAAUCAGUAUUUAAACAACAUUAUACAAUCUAUAACCUGACCGAUGGAUCAAUAUUAUCUCUGAAGUGACCUGAGGACGUCCAGCAGGAUGCUCAGUCUGACUGUCUGUCCUUGUCUGUGUGUCAUGGUGCUGAUGAUGGAGGAGGAUGUGUGAUGCUUUUAGUUCACUGUGUCUUUACUGCCUCAGCAUUGUGUCAUUAAAGUGUCUUUAUUGGC